CAUUAACCACCUACAGGCGGCAAGUUGAGAUGCCCUCGCGAUCUCGCCGGCAACCCACCUCGUAACGCGCCUCCUUCUCUUGCUCACGGUUAGGCUAUGUCGCGCUUACAUUAGACGAGUACCAGCAAGAGGAAGGCGCGCUGCUCGUGCUCACCAACUGUAACGCAGUUGCUCCCAACUUAAUGGCGAAGCACUAGGCAGGGAUAUCCAUCUAGAUCUCUCCCUCUUCGCGUCCCCUCUCCGCAUCCGCGCCUCGGCAUCCCAAGACCGGCGCAGGGCCAGAAGCAGCCGGAGGCCCGGGUAUCGUUUAUAUACCUGUCUUCUAUGGAUUCGGCUGGGAAAAUAUGGCUUCGGUGACGUCUCUUGGCCUGCACCAACCCACCACCCUCCAGUAUGCCAUACAAGAACAGCUUCUGCCUGAAAACCCCCCUGCUUCCUCCUACGACUGGGACAUAGCCGUCGACUACGCUGCCGAGGGUGGAGGCGAAGAUGAGCUCCUGGUCACUAAAGACACCGUUAUUUGGUCCAGGGGUGGUAUUUUUCGGAAAUGCUUCGGCUUCAAGCUGGAGAAGGAGCCCAUUACUCAGGCUCUCCUAACGUAUUUCCCCAUCUCGGAACACACAGAUGAGCUACAGGGCCACGGGGCUGGUGGGGAUCGGGUUCCGCCUGACGAUGUAGAGAGGAAGCUGUCUAAGGCCUUGGUCGUUUUUCUCAAGACCCAGGCCCAUGUGUACUUCCUGAAUGGCACCAGUCACGUCGUCCAUAUGCCUUUCGAGGUCGAGUUUGCCUGCGCCGCCCCCACGGGUGUUAUAAUACAGCGCAAGCAGCGCCCUGACACCGGGCUGGCCGCGAGCCUCAAGUUCCCUCGCGUGCCGCCGAACUCCUUCAUCUCGAACCAGCUCUCUCCCGCAUCCAUCCGGGCCUCUCAGCAAAGCACAUUCACCACAGAGACCCUCGGCAAGCCGAAGGCCCUUCCCCUAAGGCUAACCUCGAGCUUGGAUACCCUCUGGGACCCCCCCAAGAAUGACUCUCCGUGGCCGCGCCUUGUAAUUCUGACGGAUCCCCUCCUGGAACUUGGACUGGUUGUCACGCAACCCGAUAAGUCUGCUAAGACGAAGAGCCGUCGGAGCUCAGAUAAAUCGCCCAAUUUUCUCGACCGCGCCGAGGAGAUUGUCCACAUCGAACGGAUACCACACCACCAUACCCCCGGAAGAGGACAUGCAAACCUAGUCCUAGCCGUAACGGUUAACCGAGAAACUUCCAUGUAUACGGUUUGGAGGCUUACCUACAUUCCGAACGACGACCCCUUCAUCAGCGCAAGGAAGCAGACGAGAAAGAAGACGGAUCGCCGUCGGAGUUCGAUGCAGCCGGGUUUAGCAAGUGGUGCUACGACGCCACUCCAUCCGAAUUUUAAGGAGAGCUUCGGUGCACCCCUACCGGGGAAACGGUCGCGCAAGAGCGAGAGAGUUGAGAAGAACGACAAAGUUCUUGAGAAUCUCGAAUCUUCGCUUGGGAUAGAGAAGGAAUCGGGUGUUACGCGCCGAACUUCGCGCCGCGUGAGCUCGAUGCUUGCCAGGGCCGAUCUCUCUGCCUCGCAAGAUAGAACGGCAUUUUCCGACCCAGCCCAGAUUUCUAACCACCCGAACUCGAGGAGGGACACUUCGCACGGCACCCACCGAGGCCGCGCUAGCGGCAUCUUUUCGGGGCCGAGCUUCAGUGUAAAUAACAAUUAUUCAGUAAACACUCUCCUGGAGGCUCCGGUCGAUAGCCUGCUAGAAGGGCUGCGGUCUACCGGCGACUUUGAAGGUUUCCGCAGCAUGGGUCUGGAUGAUAACGACUUUGAUGGACUUGCCCAGGAGGUUCUAUUCACCAAGAUUCACAGCAUCCCGAUCGACAAUAGUAACGUCCGGUAUUCGCUCUCGAAACUACCCGCCCGAAGACAGUGUAAAGUCUUCUGCCUAGCUGGUCCAGAGUUUGUAGAGAACGACCAUACUCGCCAGCAAGUCUUGGUGGGCAUACAAGAUCCGGUGGAGAAGCGCCUGCAGUUGCUAACUCUGCACUUGCAAUUGAACAACCAUUGCCCGCCAUCGUCCCCUGAGACUGACCGGAUAGCUGUGAACUUUGGACAGCUUAGGAAAGCCCAGAAUGUCAUAGAUUCGUGCAAGAUCGUCGACGGCGAAAUCUCCAUGAUUCUUCUAUUGUCACAAUCCACUCAAGGGCAGCAGCGCGAGCUUAGUAUCCAAGCGCCGUGGUCUCAGCUGACCCCCGUGGCGCUCCCGUCUAAGCUAUCGCUCUCUAAUAUACGUAGUCUUGACUACCACGGGAGCCUUGUUGCCCGGGAGGUCGGCCUUAGGAGAGCCGUCACUCCGGUAAUAGGAGAGAUUGCCGGAAUACACCAUCCAAAAUUGCACGGCGUUGUCGAUAUUCUGGAUCAGGACACCCACCAGUACCACCAGAUACGUAUUCAACUCCAGCCGUCCUGUCCAUGGGUUUCAAAAGUUCUCAAAGUCCUUCGGUUAAUCCUAUCGGCCUCGUCUGGAGAAAGACUCGUCGCCAACUGGUGGGAAAUUGUUUCGUGGCUUCGAGAACAGGAAGUUGAUGUUAUCAAUAUCGAGUGGUCCGCUAUUGUGAUCCAAAUCUUCUCGAUAUUCUUUGCUCUUGGCGUCGAUAAAGCUACUCUACCCGCCGACCCAGCACCUCGAAGAAGGCCGAGAGCUUUUCUCAGAUCAAGCAGCGGAGCGCAAAUCGACCUCGGCGACUGGGAUGCGAUGAACAGGUACGAGACUCCGGGAUCGUUGACCCACCCCCCUUGGAUAGAGAGUAAGGGGUGGCAAUGGGUUAUGGAGGAUGACGAGUCAUCCUUGACGAUGUUCCGGCCAAGCGCCGAGAAGGACAAAGCCGACUUUAUUUCUUCUCACUCGAAGCACGCUCUCGCGUACCUAUCUUCUACUCACAGCGAUGCUCCGUGCGGUCUAGACGGUUACCUCCCAACUUCCCCGGCUCAUGACUAUUCGACCCGGACGCGAUCUGCCCAAGAUGUAUUUAUUGCGCUACAUCUCUUGUUGGAAGAGCAAAAGCUGGAUAUCACAUCUUCCGAUGGAUCCCUGCUACCCUUGAUGGAUUUACGUGUUGUGCUGCUCCAAGUUGCCAAAUGGCUAGGAUGGCAGGAAUGGGCGAACUUUUACGAGCUAGGGAUGCCGUUGGACUGGCCUGAACAUCAACAAGAAUCGCUGACGAUUUCAAUUACGCUCGUACCUCCGGAGCCUGCCCCGUGGAACGUCCUCGACUGGAUUCGGGUGAAUCUCUCACAAGGAUCGGGGUUGUCUGCCACUAUGCCGCCAAUUCAUCCGGCAAUGGGCUCGAUAUUUGAGCGUAUUAGAAUGUUUGACAUCCUCUUCAAGACGCUCGCCCUACGGGAUCGAUCACCGACGAAUUUUGUUGAGGCAAUGCACGACAGCGGUGUCACGCCGAUUGUCUUGGAGUCUCUGCCAGAAUGCGUUCUCGUGCCCCUCCAGGACGCAAUCACGCAAUGCCAGCCAUCACCUCCAUCAACAUGGCCGAACGAGCUGUUAGACCUUGUCAAUAGAAGUGAUGUUGGUUCCGUUCUCACGCGGUCGGGUAAUCUCCGUGUGCGCUCCGCCAACGUGCUUGCUCCGACACAUAUGGCAUCGUGGGAUUUUAGCUCACUCUGUCAGAAUGCUACCGGCUUCAACGACGCACCAUCUGACGAUGUUGCUGAGAGCGACAAGCAGGCGGUAAUCCGGGCUAUCUUCAAAGAAGACCGCCGCCUUGACGAGACCAAGAUGAUGUUGAAUACGGCGAGGCCCCGGGUCGUACGGCUAGACCCGCACCCGAAGUGGACGGAAGCUUUUUACCUCGAAAGGCAGAAAGAGUUGGUGACGAGGCUUGCUAAUAACACCUUGUCUAUCCCGGCCGGCCGCGGUUUGAUGAACUACGGGUUGCGGUUCCCACUCCUAACCCAGAAGUUCCAUAUCAAUGGGUUUGUUCUAAACUGCACUGUCAAGCCGAACAAUGUGACCGUGGGGGUCGACAAGUCGCUAUUCACAGAAGAGAAAAUUGCGUGGGCGUUCUUCCACUCGGGCGUGGCUGGUGGGUUAUCUAUCUCCCGUCGAGCUAAGGGGAUAGAUACGUCCUGGAUUCUAUAUAAUAAGCCUGGGAAUGAUCUUAGCAAUAGGCACGCCGGGUUUCUCCUGGCACUCGGCCUCAAUGGUCACCUCAAGGGCGUUGCUAAAUGGGUCGCCUUCAAGUAUCUCACCCCUAAACACACCAUGACCUCUAUUGGGCUGCUCUUGGGGCUGGCGGCGUCCUACAUCGGAACUAUGGACUCCCUUAUCACGCGUUUACUAUCCGUCCACGUCACGCGUAUGCUUCCGCGUGGUGCCGCCGAGUUGAAUUUGUCUCCCCUUACUCAGACCACCGGCAUCAUGGGCAUUGGCCUUCUGUACUGCAAUAGUCAGCAUCGCCGGAUGAGUGAGAUAAUGAUGUCGGAAAUUGAACAUGUCGAGUCCGAAGACGAUGAGGAACCGCUGCGUAGCGAAUGUUACCGACUGGCCGCUGGUUUUGCUCUUGGCUUCAUCAACCUAGGCAAGGGGACUGAUCUGAAGGGUCUCCACGACAUGCGUAUCACCGAGAAGUUGCUGACACUCGCUUCCACCACGAAGAAAGCCGAGCAUGUGCACAUUCUUGAUAGGUCUACCGCUGCCGCUGUCGUAGCUAUCGCGCUCAUAUAUCUGAAGUCGGACGAUCACAUAGUAGCCCGAAAGAUUGAUGUUCCUGACGCAACGCUACAAUUUGACUACGUCCGACCUGAUAUCCUGCUGCUCCGAACCGUCGCCAAGCAUCUUAUUCUGUGGUCGGAAAUUGAAACGACACACGAUUGGGUUCGCAAGAAUCUCCCGCGACGCUACCAUUCGAGGAUGCAGCCACCCAGGCCCGGAUCGAACGACCCCCCCCCGGGACCGCUGAAUUCGACGCAUCUCCCGUUCCUCACAAUCCUGGCCGGCCUCUGCUUCGCCAUAUCUCUGCGUUUUGCCGGUUCCGGAAACGUGAGAGUCCGUGAUCUGCUACUCUCCUAUCUCCACAAGUACUACGGGCAGUGCUGUUUCCCUGCACCGAAAACCAAUUUUGAGGACCGGACCGUCCACGUCACGGCACGUAUGUGUCUCGAUGUUGUUGCGCUCUCUUGUGCUACUGUCAUGGCUGGUACCUGCGACCUGGAGAUCCUCCGCUACUUACGCUCCCUCCACGGCCGCAAUGAUCCCGACACGACUUAUGGCUCAUACAUGGCGACUCAUAUGGCUAUCGGUGUGCUCUCUCUCGGAUGCGGUACGCAGACCUUCAACACGUCGAAUCUGGCCAUAGCCUCCCUCCUCGUCGCCUUCUACCCAGUCUUCCCGGAUUACGUACAAGAUAAUAGGAGUCAUCUUCAAGCAUUCCGGCAUUUCUGGGUAUUGGCCACGGAUCCCCGAUGUCUGGUCACGAAGGACGUCGCAACGAACGCGCCCGUUGGUGUCCCGAUAUCCAUACAACUGAAGAAUUCGUCCGAGGAGGAUUUGCGCAUGACGCCCUGUCUCCUGCCCCCUCUAAGUGAGAUUCUAACUGUUCGCACCCUCUCACCGGAGUUCUGGAACCUCGAGUUGAACUUUGAUGCCCACCCCGAAUAUGGAGACGCAUUUAAACGUUCCCAAGCAUUGUACCUCCGCCGACGGCCUGUUAGUGACAGCCCGUUUGCAACGACUAUUCUUUCUCUUGGACGAAAGGGCGGAUUUGGUGGCAUAUCCUCUGACGCCGCAUCCCGACCCCUCGAAUGGCUAUUUGACAACAUACCAACAUUGCAAAGGCUCACGCACGCGGAGCGCAGCAUAGUGCUGGACCGCGGGGUGGGAGGACCGGAUGUGAGUAACAGCGCUGCAAGCGCAGUGGAUGUACGUCUAGUCCUCGAAAACGCCAUCGAGAGCGGAAACCGGAACGAUCUGCUGGGCUUAAAAUGCCUAUUCGAAUGGGAGGAGUGGAGAGCUAGGCGGGCUCAAGAGGACGAGAAGAAAAAGGAGGAGAAAAAGAACGAUGGUCUGAACGAUGAGAAGGGCAACGAUUCCUAUUGGAGCGGAGAGAGCUGGCUGAGGGAAAGCAUCGUUGAAGCUCUCAAGGGCGGCGUCUGGCUUGUCAGUAAGGAAUGAUCAUCCGCAUGAUAGGAUUCUUAUUCGGCGUAUAAUGGCGGGUUUGCAUCUAUAAGGGAUGUGGGAAGGGAGGUCAACCCUUGCAUUUAUACAAUGUUGAUUGGUGGACUUAGGUGCCACUACAGUAUUGUUCAUAAAAAUUGGGCAGUUAUAUAUCAUGUCAGUCAAGUACAAUCUUCCCGCGUUUCCCCCUUUAC